CGACUGCUCAGCAACCUGCGGAGACUCCCGAUCCGAUACCAACUGCUGGGGGGCCCCGAGCUCAAAGACGAGGCGGAUGAUCAGUGCGAGCUGAAAUCUGUGGAACACGCCGAGGAUGUCGUCCCGCCCCUAACAUCCAAGGAGGCCAGCCGCCUGAGCGAGGAGGACGUCACCAAAUAUUUACAGGUGGAGGUGAACACUGGACUGUCUGAGUGCGCGGUCCUCCAGCGGCGGGUGAAGCACGGCUGGAAUGAGUUUCAGGUGGACGGCGCCGAUCCGGUCUGGAAGAAGUACCUGGGACAGUUCACUAAUCCGCUCAUCCUCCUCCUGCUCGGCUCCGCCCUCGUCAGCGUCAUCACCAAGGAGUACGAGGACGCCGUCAGCAUCACCGUGGCGAUCCUCAUCGUGGUGACGGUGGCCUUCGUGCAGGAAUAUCGCUCGGAGAAGUCUCUGGAAGAGUUAAAUAAGUUGGUUCCCCCAGAAUGCAACUGUGUCCGCGAUGGGAAGCUGCAGCACCUGCUGGCACGGGAGCUGGUCCCCGGGGACGUGGUGUGCCUGAUGGUCGGCGACCGAGUUCCUGCAGACAUCAGACUGAUCGAGACGACGGACCUGCUGGUGGAUGAGUCCAGUUUCACGGGUGAGACGGAGCCGUGCAGUAAGAGUCACGGGUCGGUGGAUGAAGCCAGCGGAUUGGCAACACUCGGCAACAUUGUAUUCAUGGGAACGCUCAUCCGAUACGGCAAAGGAAAGGGUCUGGUCAUCGGCGUCGGGGAAAAUUCUCAGUUUGGUGAAGUUUUCAAGAUGAUGCAAGCGGAGGAGACCCCGAAGACCCCCCUGCAGAAGAGUAUGGACAAGCUGGGGAAGCAGCUCUCUCUCUUCUCCUUCGGCAUCAUUGGAUUGAUCAUGCUGAUCGGCUGGUUGCAGGGGAAGCCCCUCCUCAGCAUGUUCACCAUCGGCGUCAGUUUGGCCGUAGCCGCCAUUCCUGAAGGUCUGCCCAUCGUUGUCACCGUGACGCUGGCGCUCGGCGUGAUGAGGAUGGCCAAAAAGCGUGUCAUUGUGAAGAAGCUGCCGAUCGUUGAGACCCUAGGCUGCUGUACCGUCAUCUGCUCAGACAAGACCGGGACGCUGACCGCCAACGAGAUGACCGCCACCAAACUCGUCACCUCCGAUGGCCUACACGCAGAGGUGAGCGGUCUCCGUACCAUAACAAGGGACGCUUCUAUUGGAGCCGGGUGCGUCGCCAACAACUCCGACAUUCGCAACGGCACCUUGAUGGGACAGCCGACAGAGGGCGCCCUCCUCGUCCUGGCCAUGAAGAUGGGUCUGGGAUAUUCGCGGGAGAAUUACAUCCGGAAGAAGGAGAUCCCGUUCAGCUCGGAGCAGAGGUGGAUGGCGGUGAGAUGCUCGGACAAUCUCGAGAACCAGGAGGACGUCUACUUCCUGAAGGGCGCCUUGGAGGAGGUGAUCCAGUACUGCACGACGUAUAACAGCGGCGGGAUGGCGAUGGCGCUGACGCCGCAGCAGAAAUCGCUUUACCUUCAGGAAGAGAAGAACAUGGGGAGCCAGGGGCUGAGAGGCUCAAGUGUGGGCGGGGUCUGCAGUGAUCUGAGGGAGGGGGCGGAGCUGGAGCCGGGGAACACGAUGGCUAGAUGGAGCCUCACUUCUCAUGUUUCUCUUCCAGGACGGAGCAUCGGUCUCUCUAAUGGGCACCUGAAAGCCAUGUCGGGGGAGGAGUUGGAUCGGUUGGACGAGUCGUCUUUGUCUUCUGUUGUCACCAAGGUUUCCGUCUUCUAUCGCACGAGCCCGAAGCACAAGCUGAAGAUCAUCAAGGCUCUGCAGCGCACCGGCGCCAUUGUGGGAAUGACCGGCGACGGCGUGAAUGACGCGGUGGCUCUGAAGUCAGCUGACAUCGGGGUGGCGAUGGGAAAAACCGGAACGGACGUCAGCAAAGAGGCGGCAGACAUGAUCCUGGUGGACGACGAUUUCUCCGCCAUCAUGAACGCCAUAGAAGAAGGGAAAGGAAUAUUCCACAACAUCAAAAACUUUGUCCGCUUCCAGCUCAGCACGAGUAUCUCGGCUCUGAGUCUCAUCACUUUAUCGACCAUCAUGAACCUGCCGAACCCCCUGAACGCCAUGCAGAUCCUCUGGAUCAAUAUCAUUAUGGACGGACCGCCAGCACAGAGUCUGGGAGUGGAGCCGGUCGAUAAAGACGCCAUCAAGCAACCGCCGCGGAACGCCAAGGAAGCCAUUCUCAGCAAGGCCUUAAUGCUGAAGAUCCUCCUGUCGGCGGCCAUCAUCAUCAGCGGGACUCUCUUCGUCUUCUGGAAGGAGGUCGAUCUUCUCUUCCUCACCGGCUUGGCGUCCUCUGUGUUCAUCGUGUCAGAACUGAUAAAGGUUUGUGAACAGUACUGCUGCAGGAAGAGGAUGGUGAAGGUUUUGGAGGAGGACAUAUAACCGGGACUCGUCUGUAUCUUCUUCGCCACCCUGUCAAUCCCACUGUGAACCCGCCCUGCCCCAUCAUGUGAUCUCUGAUGUCACUCGUUAACGUGC